GCUAAAUUACUUCCGGACACUAAGGUUCCGCGGAGCUCCUCCUCACUAUUCUUUAUAUUAGCGACAGCCAUUCAGUAGAUAUUUGAGCAUUUUUAGUUAUCUGUUCAUGUAGUAGAUUGGAAUGCAAAGUUUGUUUGCUCAAGUGGUGUCCACUGUCCAGUGCAUCAGGGGGAGUUUUAAUUGCUGGUGCAACCUAUAUAGUGGUCUGAUGCAUUGCCGAAACAUCCAGACUGGAACCAAACAAUGGACAGAGUAGGCUGCCCUGCACGGGUGUCACACCAGUCCUUGAUGGCAGCUGCAGUGUCUGUGGGUUUUCCUUUCUCCAUUGCACUUAACUGAUCAGCCAAUGUUAUUGAUUUGAGGCCAACGUACACCAGUGAUGUACUAUAUUAGUUGAUGUGCAACAUCCUGAACUUUACAGAUAGAAAUGGAAUGAAUAGGUUCUAGACUAUUCCCAUUUCUAGAUGACAGAAAAGUUUUAUGCAGAAUACAUUUUGUCUAUCUGAGCAUACGGUAAUGUUGCAGCUGAACAGGGCCCUGUUCUAAAUUAGACACUGACUAAAAGGGAAAAAGGAAUACCUGAAUCAUGUUCAUUAGCGCAUACUGUAGAAAAACAUUUUAAAAUAGGAAACACAAACAAGCUUAUUAAACAACAUUUCACUCCGUUUCGGGUCACUGUCUUCCAUUGCGUGCCUACUGAACAUGACCCAGCAGACACUGCGGCAGCCCUCCAGGUAUUGAGCCCAGCUGUACAGGCAUAAGCCCUGCAGGGUUUUAGUAUGGCUUCAGAGAAGAUGGAUGAUUGCAGUGGGACACUGGGGCUGAAUGUUUACGUCAAAGAGGAGGAGGAAGAGGUGCAGGUGGAGGAUUUCACAAUGAAGGAGGAGGAAGCUUUCACAGUGAAGGAAGAGGUGUUGACUUUCACAUUUAAAAAAGAAGAGGAAGAGGUGUCAACAGUGAAAGAAGAAGAGGACGAGGUUAUCACAGUGAAAAUUGAGGAGGGUGGAGCAGAGAGGCCUAGCCCCAGCACCGAGACUAAAUGGGGCUCGAAGAGUGGAAAAAGUUUGAUACAGGAACUGGACUGGCGAGCUCCUGUGGAGAAACCUCACUGCUGUUCCCAGUGUGGCAAAACAUUCUCAGAGUCCGGAAACCUGAAGCAGCACAUGCGGACGCACAGUGGAGAGAGACCUUACCACUGCUCCAAAUGUGGGAAACGCUUCAUACAAUUGGGUCACUUCAACAGCCACCAGCGCACGCACACGCAGGAGAAACCGUUCAGUUGCGGUGAGUGCGGGAAGAGUUUCUCUCAGAGAAUAAAUUUGAAGAAACACCAGCUCACACACUCCGGUGAGAGGCCUUUCUUGUGCUCUGACUGCGGGAAGAGUUUCUCUUCAUCUACCAACCUAAAAAGACACCAGAGCACGCACAGCAAUGAAAAGCCUUUCCAGUGCACCAACUGUGAGAAAAGUUUCACUCAUAUACACCACUUGACACGUCAUCAGACCGUACACACGGGGGAGAAACCUUACACUUGCUCUGACUGUGGGAGGAGUUUCUCCCUCCAGGGGACUUUAAAGAAACACCAGCGCACACACACCGGGGAGAAACCGUACCAGUGCUUGCUCUGCGGGAAGAAUUUCUCUCUUUCGGUGGCACUGAAGAGACACCAGCUCAUGCACACUGGAGAGAAACCGUACCAAUGCUCUCAAUGCGGGAAGAGUUUCACCCAAAAGGGACAAUUAACUCAACACCAGGGCACACAUGAACUAGAAAAGCCUUACCCCUGCUCCCAGUGUGGGAAAAGUUACUCCUCAGCCCCCUCGUUAAAAGCACAUCAGAGGACUCACAAAGAGUCAACUUCACUCGCAAUGACAGCACAUUUCAGAAAGUAAAUUAUUGAACUGGUUGUCUCUGAUUUGGGAUUGAUAGCCUACAUUUGAAACUAUAGAGGCCUUAAAUGCUUUGUCAUGUUCAAACAAAACUCAUAGUCCCAAUUUCAUUUUCUCUCUGAAAUGUUCACUUGCACACUCCUUACAGAUUUAAAAGGAAUGGACUGGUUUGCAUUCAGUACCACAGAACGGUGAGCAACUUGAAUUCAAUGGAAACGGCACUUAAAAACUUUAAGCCAAUUGCAACCAUCGAUGGCCACCAGAUUAUCGCCAGCUGAUCUUUAGUUAAACCAGUAAUUGGCGCUAAAAUCACCUACACAGCUACACACCUAUCUCAAUCUCUAUCUCAAUUGCAACCAUUAUUGGACACCAUUACCUCUCCCUAAAGUGGUUGUUGGGCUUUACUCUUAGUUCGGAUUUUAAGACUAGUUUGCCCUCUGUUGGGUAUUAUCAUCAGAACAAUUGAAUCCUGUUUUUUUUUUUUUUUUUGCAGAUUCAAGGUGAUUUUAAUCAAUUUGACAAUCAUUCCAUACAACUCAAGUAAAGUAUUUAAUUUCCUUGUUUUCCACAGCAAAUCUUCUAUGGCAGUGUAGCCUACCCUACACAUUUUAUGAUUGGAAAAAUCAUGGUGUAGGAUACAUUUAUUUCCCAUUUAUGUAAUCCAUUAAUGAUUUAACUUGUCUAAAUAAAAUAUGGCAUUUUUUUUCCAUUGAGAGGUGAAGAACAUUUUCCUGAACUGUAGGAUACACAUUUGAAACAGUAUUGUAGGCAAAUUUUUUAUAAAAUUAUCUUGUAUUCUA